GAUAGAUUCAUUUCUGCUUUGGACGAGGUAGCCUUCUCACCGGAUAACCGUUUCUCGAAUCUCUUUCGUUGACCUCUCGUUCCAAUUCAAUCAAUCCUACCUUCACCAUGGCGGACGCAGAGAUCCCUUCGGCCACCUUCGACACCAUCCUGACUCUGGAUUUCGGGUCGCAAUACACUCACCUGAUCACGCGCCGUCUCCGUGAGCUCAAUGUGUACAGUGAAAUGCUCCCGUGUACCCAGAAGUUGGCCGAUCUCCACUUCAAGCCCAAGGGUAUCAUCCUCUCCGGUGGCCCCUACAGUGUCUACGAGGAAGGCUCUCCUCACGUUGAUCCCGCCUUCCUGGACCUCGGAGUCCCCGUCCUCGGUAUCUGCUACGGCCAGCAGGAGCUGGCCUACCGCCUGGGCAAGGAUAAUGUCGUGGCUGGUGUCGCCCGCGAGUAUGGCCACGCGGACCUGAGCGCGAAGAGACUCGACGACCAGGGCCAUGUCGACCGUCUGUUCGCCGGUCUAGAGGAUCACAUGAAGGUUUGGAUGAGCCACGGUGACAAGCUGGCUCGUCUUCCUGAGGGUUUCCAUACCAUUGCGACGACCUCCAACUCGGAGUAUGCCGGUAUCGCGCAUCAGACCAAGCCCGUCUAUGGCGUUCAAUUCCACCCCGAGGUGUCCCACACCCCCAAUGGCAUCAAGCUUCUGAAGAACUUCGCGGUGGACAUCUGCGGCGCGAGCCAGAACUGGACCAUGUCCAAGUUCGUGGACCAGGAGAUCGCCCGCAUUCGCAAGCUGGUCGGCGAGACCGAUCAUGUGCUGGGUGCCGUCAGCGGCGGUGUUGACUCCACCGUGGCUGCGAAGCUGAUGAAGGAGGCGAUCGGCGACCGCUUCCAUGCUGUCCUGGUCAACAACGGGUGCAUGCGCUGGCAGGAGUGCGAGUCUGUCCACGAGCGACUGACUAAGAACCUGGGCAUCAACCUGACCGUUGUUGAUGCGUCCAAGCUCUUCCUGGACGGGCUCAAGGGCGUCACGGAUCCCGAGAAGAAGCGCAAGUUCAUCGGUGGUACCUUCAUCGAUGUGUUCGAGCAGCAGGCCGAGAAGAUCGAAGCCGAAGCCCAGCACACCACCGGCGCCAAGGUCAAGUGGUUCCUCCAGGGAACCCUGUACCCCGAUGUCAUUGAAAGCAUCUCCUUCAAGGGCCCCUCCGCCACCAUCAAGACCCACCACAACGUCGGUGGCUUGCCUCAGCGCAUGAUCGACGGACAGGGCAUGAGGCUCAUCGAGCCCCUCCGUGAGCUGUUCAAGGACGAGGUCCGCGCUUUGGGCGAGCAGCUGGGAAUUGCCCACGAGCUCGUCAUGAGACAUCCUUUCCCUGGCCCUGGUAUCGCCAUCCGCAUCCUCGGCGAGGUGACUCCCGAGCGUGUCGAGAUUGCCCGCCGGGCCGACCACAUCUUCAUCUCGAUGAUCCGCGAGGCUGGUCUGUACGACCAGAUUGCCCAGGCCUACGCCGCUCUGGAUCCCAGCAAGGCCGUUGGUGUUAUGGGCGACAAGCGCGUCUACGCAGAGAUCAUCAUCCUGCGCGCCGUCGAAACCACCGACUUCAUGACCGCUCGCGCCUUCCCCUUCGACAACGAGUUCCUGAGCCGCGCCGCCACCAGAAUCAUCAACGAAGUGCACGGUGUGUCUCGCGUGCUCUACGAUAUCUCCAGCAAGCCUCCUGCCACGAUCGAGAUGGAGUAAACGGUUCGGUUUAGAUUUAGUUUAGUACCUACCUAGUAAAAGAUAGAAUGUCUGCAUGUCCGGGAGGAGUUUUGGUUUGAGAUACUUGGUUUAGAUUAUAGUUUUCUAUAUUAUAG